GUUCACAGUUAUUUUACCUCGGGCCAAUGAUGUUCUAGUAAACAGAUAUGUUAUAAACGCGCAAAAGGUGAAGACUAGAAAACGUCCUAUUAGGGACGUAUUUUUUUAGUCUGUGUCGCGCACGACAACGAGUAAUACGUUUCGCGCUUCUCGUAAUAACUAUCCAAAAUGCCAUCAUGUUUAUUUAGAAAGUGCACCAAUUACGAUACCAAAGUUGAUAAAACACAAGGGAUCUCAUACCACAUGUUUCCAACUUCUGAGAUUCAGCUUCAAGAAUGGAUCGCAAUUGUUCGUAAACAAAGAAGUGAAUGCAGUUGGACGCCUUCAAAAAGUAGUAGAAUUUGUAGCAAUCAUUUCGAAGCUACCGAUAAAUAUUCAUCAACCAAAGGUCGUACACUUCUCAAAAAGGACGCUGUUCCUGUUAUAGAUGAACACAUCAAUAUAAAUAUUGAAAACUCCCCGACAAGUCUCGACAAUGUCAGCAUACCGGAUAUGGCAGAUAUUUUUGAAACACCCAGAACAGCAGCACUUAAAAAACGCGUACGUGAAUUAACAUGCAAGAAAAGACUGAAGAAACGUGUUGCCAACAUAACCGUGAUAUUGAAAGAUUUAAAGAAAAAAUAUUACAUUUCGAAAGAACAGCUUACUCAACUAAAUUUAAAGACAGAAAAGAAAUAA